AUGGUGUCUGUGUUGCAUGUGCCUUUUCGUAGCAUACAGCUUUGGGUUGGUCAGUCUGCGGAACUUCGGCCGGUUUUUUUUCUUCCAUACGAGUGGGGCCUUGCAGGCCCACGGGGCUUCUAUUGGGAUGCCGUCGCUUCCCGCCUGGGCGCCGUAGGUGGCGGUGUGGCGGCUGCUAUCGCCAGUGGCCCGCGCUGCCCAUUCGGGCGAUAUUCAGUCUUCGUAUUUUGUUGUAUCCCGUGUGGGGCUUCUGCGCCAAUCGGUGUGCCGCAUUCGGCGCCCCGCAUUUGCAACGCAAAGUGGGUCGUCGAUUCGCCAUUUCCAAGCGGCAUCGCCCCUCGGAAGGGGGGUGGGGGCUUUUAA